CCUGGGGGCGGGGCCAGGAGCCGGAGGUGCCGGGGGAGGAGGCUGUCGUGGGGGCCGGCUUGGAGUGGGAUUCGGCCCACGGCGCUGACCGAGUGCUGGGUCGACGGCCGUCGGGCACCCGGGUCUGCGCGCACCGCUACUCCGGGUCGCCCCGGCCGAGGCGCUGGCCGUGGGAGACCUCAGGAAGGGCUCGGGCUGCCAGGCCGGGCGCCAUGUCCAUGGAGGACCCCUUCUUUGUGGUGAAAGGAGAGGUACAGAAAGCAGUCAACACUGCCCAAGGAUUGUUUCAGAGAUGGACGGAGCUCCUUCAGGGCCCCUCUGCUGCGACAAGGGAGGAAAUCGACUGGACCACCAACGAGCUGAGGAACAACCUACGCAGCAUAGAGUGGGAUCUGGAGGACCUCGACGAGACCAUCAGCAUAGUCGAAGCAAAUCCUAGAAAAUUCAACCUGGAUGCAACUGAAUUGAGCAUAAGAAAAGCCUUCAUCACAAGUACUCGGCAAAUUGUCCGGGACAUGAAGGAUCAGAUGUCGGCUUCCUCUGUGCAGGCAUUGGCCGAAAGGAAAAACAGACAGGCACUGCUAGGAGACAGCAGCAGCCAGAACUGGAACGCUGGUGUGACGGAUCGCUACGGGCGCCUUGAUCGAGAGCUGCAGCUAGCCAACUCUCAUUUCAUCGAGGAGCAGCAGGCACAGCAGCAGUUGAUUGUGGAACAGCAGGAUGAGCAGUUGGAGCUGGUCUCUGGCAGCAUCGGGGUGCUGAAGAACAUGUCCCAGCGCAUCGGAGGGGAGCUGGAGGAACAGGCAGUGAUGCUGGAUGAUUUCUCUCACGAGCUGGAGAGCACUCAGUCUCGACUGGACAAUGUGAUGAAGAAACUUGCAAAAGUGUCUCACAUGACCAGUGAUCGGCGCCAGUGGUGUGCCAUAGCCAUCCUCUUUGCAGUCCUGUUGGUCGUGCUGAUCCUCUUCCUAGUGCUGUGAUGAUGGCCCUCCUCAGGCCCUUGUGCACGCGGACCGAGGGGAGAGGGGAAGCUCGCACUCCGCCACGGACAUUCCUCUCCCAGAAACACGCCUCUGCCCUGCUUCCUCUGUGUGACUCCACCACCGAGACGGCCCUCUCUCCCAGCGCUGGAAGGGCAAGCUUGGAAGAGGAAGAGGUGACUGCACUCCUGGCUACAUAGCAGAAGCCCCGGCUGCCCUUUCUUCCUGAGGACAGCUAGCCACUGCUUUGCCUUACUGGACCUGGCUCCUUGAGGAAGGAAGGACUCAGAGUCAUCAGAAGAAACUAUGGACUCACUCACUCACUCUGUCACUCAUUCUGUUGGUCUCUGGCAGCCUUUCCUUCUUCUCAGACCCUUUCCCUGCUUCAAUGGGUGCCACUGUCCCUUCAAAAGAAAUCUGGCAAGAAUGAGGGCAUCUAGGGAUAUACAUUUCCCAUUGCUGUUGCAUUUCUUAGACCCAAGAGCUGGCUGAGGACAGAAGCCUCAGAAACGCCUCGUGACAGAAAUGCAGAGCUUCAUUUUGCUGGGCGAGACCUGAGAUUAAAUUGCUCUUCGGGGUGUCUUUGUGGCAGGGUUACGCAACCGGAAGUAGUGAAAUCCCUGGGGGCUUGGGAGUGCUGAUGACAAAUGGCUUCAAUGGACAGGAGCAGUUGAGAGCAGCAGUACCUGCGUUGGUCCAGCUUAUCGAGGGGCUGGUGGCGUCUCCAGAGGCCAGGCCAGACCUGCCGACUUGCUCUGUCCCAGGGCCUUCUCCCAGAGGUGCGGCCUGCGUAUUUAGCGUGCCCCUCCACACAGUGUGGGACAGCAUAGCAGCACUCUGCUGGGUGGGACAUGCCUCCUCCUUGAUGCUGUUGUGAUGGCACAUUCAUUAUGUUCGUGCAGAAACUAUCCUGACACAAAGGCUGGUUCUGGACCAGAGGUCCCUCACUCUGUGAGUAACAGCAUGGAUGGGUAAGAGAACCUGAGACUCUGGUCUCUGAGAUGACAGCUUGACUUCAUCCUCCGUUUGAAUAACUGAGCCAGUCCAAAUUCACUGACAGAUGGUUUAUUGGGUUGAAGUAGCUGAAACCGCUGACACUAAACUUCAGGCACUGGUGACUUCUUAGAUGCCUCAGAUGUGCGCACACAUGAGGGAUUUUUUUAUAACAUCCCUGACGUAUAAUCUGGUAUUAAAGUAGCUGUCAGGGCCAGAGCCAGCCUUUCACAAGGGAGGCUACGCUCAGUCUUCUGUGCUGGGAAGAGCAGCAUCUGGACAGCUUGACCUUUGACCUCCCUUGCUUUGCCUUUCUGUGCAUUCCUUAGCACGCUGACUUUUAAAAAAAUCCUGGGUUGUUCAUAUUCCUUGGGAUUUUGAUUUUUGGGUCCCUAUUUUGUUUUGUUUUGUUAUUCCCAAUGAUGUGCUUGCCCGGCUAACUUUUAAAUUGCACUUUUAAAUAAAUAUUUGUAACAAUUUUUAAAAGAA